CGUCUGAACCCUUUGGCUUCCCACAUUGCACCCAGGCCCCUCAUCCGCAGCAGUUCCUGCCACUUCAGUUAUGAAUGUGACUUGGCAAUAUGGAAGUGUCAAAUAAACAAAAACAGUCUCAAGGGGACAAAAGUCCUAAAACUGAGACAAGUAUAGAUCAGUACACCGGAGGACACGACUCUCCUCACACCUCGGGUCACGUAACUGUCAGUGAAAGCAAUCUAAAUAUGUCCUCAGUGAAUCUACUGUCUCAAAAUACCCUGGACAUUCCUGCCCCAGAGAUCAGUCCCAGUCUCUCAGAUGGAUGGACUCAUGUUAAAAAGAGCAGAACUCAUGACUGUGUGAUGGAAAUUAGACCAGAUAUCCCAGUAAGUCCUGAGAACAGAGAUGGAGCAUGGGCACCAUCUGUGCGCCAUCACGCCAGGCUUGUUAGCAGUGUUAGCUUGCCUGGAUUUGGUGCAACUCAUCAGUCGUUACAUAAAAACCAGAAUACACCUGCCAACAAUCAGGACAUCAUUGACUACCACAAUCUGACACCUCAAGUGCCAUUUGUACCUUCCAUAGCCAAGUCCAUUCCAAAGAAAAGGAUCUUUCUUAGGAAGCCUAAAAAGACCAUCAAAGACCUUUUUGUCUACAAAAAGCAAAAUAGUGAGAAAGCAUCACCAUGUACACCAUGUACAGCAGGUACACAAUGUACACCAUGUACAGCAGGUACACAAUGUCCACCACGUACACCAUGUACACCAGGUACAAAAUGUCCACCAUGUACACAAUGUACACCAGGUACACAAUGUACACCAGGUACACCAUGUCCACCAUGUACACCACGUACACCAUGUCCAACAGGUACACCAUGUACACCAGGUACACCAUGUCCAACAGGUACACCAGGUACACCAUGUCCACCAUGUACACCACGUACACCAUGUCCACCAUGUACACCACGUACACCAUGUCCAACAGGUACACCAUGUACACCAGGUACACCAUGUCCACCAGGUACACCAUGUACACCAUGUACGCCAGGUACACAAUGUCCACCACGUACACCAUGUCCACCAGGUACACCAUGUACACCACAUACACCAGGUACACCAUGUACACCACGUACACCACAUACACCAGGUACACCAUGUACACCACGUACACCACAUACACCAGGUACACCAUGUCCACCAUGUCCACCAUGCCAUGACUGUAGACCAACAAAGAAAGAAACUAAGAAAUCUAUAAAAUGUUGUGAACCUAGAACGUCUCACAAAAUGUACGAUAUACAUUCUGACUCCUCGAGCGAAGGAUGUGCUAACAUAAGUGAGGACGCUCUGUCGCUGAAAAGCUUCGGCUCUCAAGCUGGUUGUGGAGAGAUAUUCGCAGAUGAGGAAUAUCUUGUCUCUCUUGAAGGGAUGCCAAAACUUAAAGCAAACAGGGAUACCAGUGAAACUCCAAAGCGAAGUCUGGUUGCCUUUCAGGGAGGUAUAGAGCAACUAGCAUCACCUUCUCAUCCUGAAGUUUUGGACUUGUUUGAAAUGUGGGAUACAAUCAAUGGGACCGUUCUUUUUAAUCAAAGUUCAGGUACAGAAACAAACACAACUUCUACACCAAUUUCCCCAAAAUCUCUCGCCUCAAACAAGUCGGUGUCCCCAAAUGUUACGAGCACAAAUGUGACAGAACAUCAGACGGUGACACCAAAAAGUGAGAACCAAGAAAGUACCAGUGAUGAGGGUUACUGUGAUGGUGUUUCUGCUGAAGAUCACACUGGGCAGUCUCUAACACCAGUUUUUUCCAGAAGGUUCCCCAGGGACACCUACAGUGGAGACGCUCUCUAUGAGUUAUUUUAUGACCACAGUGAGGCAGAAACAUCCCCCGUUUUUGAUGAUGAAAUGGAUCCGAGCAGCAUUACAAGCCUGCCAAGUCCAGACCUCCCGUUAUCCAUGUACAGCUUCCAUAUCGGAUCAGAAGAGAAUCUGGCACCUCCUCUGUCAGUAGACUUCAUUAGCCAUGACUUUCUCCAGAGCAACUGGGUAGGAAAGGACUGCUUACUGAAGCUUUGUGAUACAGAGAUUUCCCUGGCUAUGGGCAUCGUCAACUGGAUGAAAUACAAGGCAAUCCAGGGUAACCAAACAGAAUUUGGGACUCCAGUGAUUAGUACAGGCAGUAAUAGAGAUGUAUUCCACGAGGAAGAAGUUCAAACACAACUUGGAAAGGUCCCAAGUAAAGCAGUUCUCCGGACUGCUCAUGGUAGAGACAACAAACCUGACCUUAAAUUGAGCAAACCACGUCAAGUAGAUGUUGAGCAUCUGUCAUUAGAUACAAUGAAACUCCAAGCUGGAGUUGUUACUACACCUGAGAUCCAAACUAGAACCCCAACAAGUCACGUAUGCUUCCGGAUAUUCAAUAUCAACUCGGCAUCGACACCCGACACGGAUACGGAGUCUCCACUAGGACAUUCUCCUGACUCUGGAACUAGUUCCUUGUUUGUUCUGGCCAUAAAGAAAGAAUCUCUUUGUGAAUCCUGCAAGCUUUCCCUGAAACACGGUGCCAAGGAGCUGCACCUGUGCAAUUCAUGUACCUCCUUCAUCGAGCAAAUAAAGACAUCAGAGUUGUGGCCUCGUGCCCAUCUUUACCAAGCUAAGCUCACAGGAAGUCCCCAAGCCUGGCUUCCUUCUCCAAGCAGCAGUUGCGGUAUAGCGAGUGACAUAAGUAUUCUUUCACUAGUGGAGCAGUGUGCUAAUCAGAUGUCUUCUCUGAAGUUUAACCGGCAUCAAGAUCCUUCUGAUCACUCAACAAGAGCUAUCACCAAUCAAGGAAGUGAUAACUAUCCAAGGAAAGAUCCUACCAUGAAGUAUGUCAAGUCCAAGCCCAGGAAGAAAGGGAAUGUAUCAGGAAAAGUGUGUGACGAUACAAACGUCCCAGACAGUUUCAGCCAUGUUGUGUGUAAACCAUCUCGUAUCACAGACAACAAAUCAGACCGUUCAGUUCUGGAAACCUACAAGAAUCGAUGCUACCUACAAAAUAAUUCACUGAAGGUCACUGAUGUAUCUCAAGCUUCAAGGCCAACUUAUCUUCCUCUCUCAAGUGCUACCUCUUCUUAUUGCUCUAAAAAAGAGCACUGCAAUACAGUCAAGGUCAAAGAAAAAACGUGUGAACGGUCGCGACGAGGCAGGAGACCACCGGUGACUCGGGACGGUUUAUCCGACUGCGUCACCUUAGAAGAGAAGAAGAUGGAACGAAGAUGCAAGAUAAAGAAAUAAAGCAGGUGCCGUUAUGGCCAAGAUUUCGUCUCAGCUUCAGAGCCACGCUAUCAGGCAGCUAAUGAUUUCACCAGCUGUCAGAAUGUAGAUUUAUAUUAAUAAAAAGUGGAAAUACAUCAACUGUCACUGUUCCUCUGUUCUGUUGGAGAACAAGGACAUCAUUUCUCUUCCCUUCGGACAUCAUCAACAGAUUUAAGUUAAUGUAGAUAUAAAUAACUGAACGUCAGUGUUUCUGUGAUCACUGACAGGUCCAGGGUUCUGCUGCGGUUCUGCUGCGGUUCUGCGGUGGUUCUUCUGCGGUUCUGCUGUGGUUCUGCUGGGGUUCUGCUGUAAGAACAGAAUCAGUCAUUAUGAAGUGAAGAACGUUUCUAAAGGCAGAUUCUCACCACUGUGUGUGUGUCGUACUUCUGAGUUUAAACCUGUUAUAGAAGGUCAUUAAUGCUCGUAAAUGCAGAAGAUAAAAUUUAACAGAGUUCUUUAUUUUUAUUUUUAUUCAGUAUUCACUUUUAUUCAUUCAUUUUUAUUCUGCUGGUUUUUACAAACUUUACAUUUCCCAUCUAUUUAUUAUUCAGUUAUUUAUCUUGUACAGAACUAUAAACUACAUAUAAAUGUUAAACACAACUACAUGUCUGUCCUUUUUAUUUACAUUUUAUAUGAGCAGAAUAAUUUUUUAUUUUAAUUUGUCAGAUUUGUUCCUUUCAUUUUGUUUACUUUAUUUUUUUUUAUUAUACACUGUUUUUUAUAUUGUAUCUCAUUUGUUGUAUGAGACGUGGUAGCCCAGUGGUUAAGGUGUUGACUACUGACCAGAAGGUUAUAAGUUCGAAUCCCAGGUCCACCAAGUUGCCACUGCUGGGCCCCUGAGCAAGGCCCUUAACCCUCAAAUGCUCAGUUGUAUAAACA